UUGGCCCGACGGAGCGGCGGCGGCAUGGCUGACCCUGAUCCGCUGGGCUUCCAAGACAUGGGGCUCGACCCCCGGCUCCUGCAGGCCGUCGCCGACCUGGGCUGGCAGAGCCCCACGCUGAUUCAGGAGAAGGCUAUCCCGCUGGCCCUGGAGGGCAAGGACCUCCUGGCGCGGGCCCGCACGGGGUCCGGGAAGACGGCCGCUUACGCCAUCCCGAUGCUGCAACUGCUGCUCCAAAGGAAGGCGACAGGUUCCGUGGUAGAACAAGCAGUAAGAGGUCUUGUUCUUGUGCCCACCAAAGAAUUAGCACGGCAGGCCCAGACCAUGAUUCAGCAGCUAGCUGCCUAUUGUGCUCGAGACAUCCGGGUGGCCAAUGUAUCAGCUGCUGAAGAUUCAGCCUCUCAGAGAGCUGUGCUGAUGGAGAAACCAGAUGUGGUGGUGGGGACCCCAUCUCGCAUAUUAAACCACUUACAGCAAGACAGUUUGAAACUGCGAGACUCCCUGGAGCUGCUGGUGGUAGAUGAGGCUGAUCUUCUUUUUUCCUUUGGCUUUGAGGAAGAACUCAAGAGUCUUCUCUGCCACUUGCCCAGGAUUUACCAGGCUUUCCUGAUGUCCGCUACUUUUAACGAAGAUGUACAAGCACUCAAGGAACUGGUACUCCAUAAUCCGGUUACUCUCAAGUUACAGGAGUCCCAACUUCCAGGACCAGACCAAUUACAGCAAUUUCAGGUUGUUUGCGAGACGGAAGAAGAUAAAUUUCUGUUGCUGUAUGCCCUGCUCAAGUUAUCCUUGAUUCGGGGCAAGUCUUUGCUCUUUGUCAACACUCUGGAGCGGAGUUACCGCCUGCGUCUGUUCCUGGAGCAGUUUAGUAUUCCCACCUGUGUACUCAAUGGAGAACUACCACUGCACUCCAGGUGCCACAUCAUCUCACAGUUCAAUCAGGGCUUCUACGACUGCGUCAUAGCCACUGACACUGAAGUCCUAGGCAACCUCGUCAAGGGCAAGCGUCGGGGCAAAGGGUCCAAAAAGGACAAGGCCUCUGAUCCAGAGGCAGGUGUGGCCCGGGGCAUAGACUUCCAUUACGUUAGCGCCGUGCUCAACUUUGAUCUACCCCCGACCCCUGAAGCCUACAUCCAUCGAGCUGGCCGGACGGCACGUGCCAACAACCCGGGCACAGUCCUGACUUUUGUACUGCCCACAGAACGGUCCCUCCUGAAUAAGAUUGAGGAGCUUCUUGGUGGUUUCAGUGGCGAGGACAGGGUGCCUAUCCUGCUUCCCUACCAGUUCCGCAUGGAGGAGAUCGAAAGCUUCCGCUAUCGUUGCAGGGAUGCCAUGCGCUCAGUGACUAAACAAGCCAUUCGAGAGGCAAGAUUGAAGGAGAUCAAAGAGGAACUUCUGCAUUCAGAGAAGCUCAAGACAUACUUCGAAGACAACCCCAGGGACCUACAGUUGCUUCGACAUGACCUGCCUUUGCAUCCUGCAGUGGUGAAGCCUCACCUGGGCCAUGUCCCCGACUACCUGGUUCCUCCUGCUCUGCAAGGCCUUGUUAACCCUCACAAGAAACGGAGAAAACUGUCCUCAAAGAAGGUCAAGAAGAUGAAGACCCAGAACCCGCUGCGUAGUUUCAAGCACAAAAGAGAGAAACCCAGAACCCCGAAGAAUCCUUCCUGAGGCUAUCUGGGCAACCUCAGCAGUGUUCCCAGACCUUUCCCAGGGCCUGUGGAGUGUGGAGCAGGAUUCCCACACUUGGUGGGGCUGGAUUCCUACGCGGCUGGACUGAUUUUGCAGCAGGCAGAGCUGUGGCUCUCCAGAUUCAUGACUGUGACAGACUGCCAUCUUACUCUUUAACAACAGAAUAAAGAUUCUAGGUGCCGUGC